AGGUCCGCGCCGCCCCGGUGGCACAAAGGCCGUUUUCAUUCCCUACCCACCUUUGGAAGGAGCUCACUAUGACAGGGCAGAGUCUGAGGACUUUAUCUGAAGCAAAUUUUGAAGACAAUGAGAUCAGCAUCAACGUUGGAGGCUUCAAGAAAAAGAUGAGAUCCAACACAUUAUUAAGGUUCCCCGAGACCAGGCUGGGCAAAUUGCUGAGCUGCCAUUCAAAGGAGUCAAUACUGGAGCUUUGUGAUGACUAUGAUGACACCAAGAAUGAAUUUUAUUUUGACAGGAACCCCGAGCUCUUUCCUUAUGUGCUACAUUUUUAUAACACUGGCAAGCUCCAUGUGAUGGGUGAACUCUGUGUCUUUUCUUUCAGCCAAGAGAUUGAAUACUGGGGAAUCAAUGAAUUCUUUAUAGACUCCUGCUGCAGUUAUAGCUACCAUGGGAGGAAAAUGGAGCCAGACCAAGAGAAAUGGGAGGAACAAAGUGACCAGGAAAGUACGACAUCUUCUUUUGAUGAGAUUUUGGCAUUCUACAAUGAUGCCUCUAAAUUUGACAAACAGCCCUUUGGAAACAUCAGGAGGCAGCUCUGGCUUGCUUUGGAUAAUCCUGGGUACUCGGUUUUAAGCCGUAUCUUCAGCGUCCUUUCCAUAGUGGUGGUGUUGGGCUCCAUUGUGACCAUGUGCCUGAACAGCCUCCCAGACUUCCAGAUUGUUGACAGCAACGGGAACACCGAGGAAGACCCUCGCUUUGAAAUCGUGGAACAUUUUGGUAUUGCAUGGUUCACUUUUGAACUGGUGGCAAGAUUUGCAGUAGCUCCUGACUUUUUAAAAUUUUUCAAGCAUGCCCUGAAUUUGAUUGACCUAAUGUCUAUCCUUCCAUUUUAUAUUACAUUAAUUGUCAACUUGGUGGUGGAAAGUAGUCCGACUUUAGCAAAUUUAGGCAGAGUUGCACAAGUCCUGAGACUCAUGAGGAUUUUCCGCAUAUUAAAGCUUGCCAGACACUCCACAGGUCUCAGGUCUCUUGGAGCCACUCUGAAGUACAGCUACAGAGAGGUGGGGCUUCUUUUACUCUACCUCUCUGUGGGCAUCUCCAUUUUCUCUGUAGUGGCUUACACUAUUGAGAAAGAAGACAAUGAGGGGUUAGCCACCAUCCCUGCUUGUUGGUGGUGGGCUACUGUUAGCAUGACCACAGUUGGCUACGGGGACGUGGUGCCAGGGAGCACUGCUGGCAAGCUGACGGCAUCUGCAUGCAUCCUAGCUGGUAUCCUAGUGGUAGUGCUUCCCAUUACACUGAUCUUUAAUAAAUUCUCCCACUUCUAUAGGCGUCAGAAGCAGUUAGAGAGUGCCAUGAGAAGCUGUGAUUUUGGUGAUGGCAUGAAAGAAGUUCCAUCUGUCAACUUAAGGGACUACUAUGCUUAUAAAGUUAAAUCCCUUAUGGCCAGCCUGACCAAUAUGAGCAGGAGUACCCCCAGUGAGCUGAGCCUGAAUGAUUCACUGCAUUAGUGUACGAGUCUGACAGCAGUUUGCAUGAGAGCUAUCAAGAGCUGUUUAUAAAUGUUUUCCUAUUUGUCUUUUUUUUUUCCCCUAGAAGAUGGUGUUGCUGACACUGCACUUUGCACUUGAGAAACUAAAGACAUUUCUAUUACAAGUUAACAGUUUGCACAUUUUCAUCUUGUUGCAUAAGAGUACUGAGUGCUGACUUUUCCAUACAAAUGUUACCACUUUCAUGCCAUUACUACUAGUGGUAUAGUGAUGAUCUGUUGCUUUGUGCAUUUUCUCAUAUGAGCAGAGAAAUGAAUGUACCCAAGUGGAAUAAAAAUUCUCAGCUGUGACAUGAGUAAUGAAAAAAUCACCUAUCACCUAUACUGGUGUCUGUACUAGUAUAAGACUUCCCAUGCAUUUUACAAUGGUUUGAAACAGCCACCUGUGAGUCACUGACAUGCAACACUUCUACCUAUAUUACUGACCAGUGAUUCUGAUCAUCACUUGCCUGAAAACACCUCUGAGUUUGCUUAUUCUUGAGAAUGUGUGUUAAAAUCUGUGUGUUCUUGUUCUGAAAUGUUAUGUAUAAUAAUAUUUUUCAGAAUCUUCUGGGCAUA